CCGGCUUCGCGGCGCAUGCGGCUGCAGCGCGACAGGGGCGGGGCCGCGGCCGUAAAGCAGUGCGCGGGGUCCCCGUGGCGUCUAGGCGGCUACAGACGCCCUUGGAAGUUCUUGGCCGGGCAGGUCAUGGCGGGGUCCGUACGGGGCGGUGGGGCCAGGGCCCUGGACCUACUGCGGGCUUUACCGCGUGUGAGCCUGGCCAACUUAAAACCUAAUCCCGGCUCCAGGAAACCGGAGAGACGGCCAAGAGGUCGGAGAAGAGGUAGAAAAUGUGGCAGAGGCCAUAAAGGAGAAAGACAGAGAGGAACCCGGCCCCGACUAGGCUUUGAGGGAGGCCAGACUCCAUUUUACAUCCGAAUCCCAAAAUACGGGUUUAAUGAAGGACACAGCUUCAGACGCCAGUAUCAGCCUCUGAGUCUCAAUAGACUGCAGUAUCUUAUAGAUUUGGGACGAGUUGACCCUACGCAACCUAUUGACUUAACCCAGCUUGUCAAUGGGAGAGGUGUGACCAUCCAGCCCCUCAAAAGGGAUUAUGGUGUCCAGCUGGUAGAGGAGGGUGCUGACACCUUCAAGGCAAAAGUUAAUAUUGAAGUACAGAUGGCUUCAGAACUAGCCAUUGCUGCAAUCGAGAAGAACGGCGGUGUUGUCACUACAGCCUUCUAUGACCCGAGAAGUCUGGAAAUUCUGUGCAAACCUGUUCCAUUCUUUCUGCGUGGACAACCCAUCCCAAAGCGAAUGCUUCCACCUGAAGCACUGGUGCCUUACUACACUGAUGCCAAAAACCGUGGUUAUCUGGCAGAUCCUGCCAAAUUUCCUGAAGCAAGACUUGAACUCGCCAGGAAGUACGGCUAUAUUUUACCUGAUAUUACUAAAGAUGAACUCUUCAAAAUGCUCAGUACUCGAAAGGAUCCAAGGCAGAUUUUCUUUGGUCUUGCCCCAGGAUGGGUGGUAAAUAUGGCAGAUAAGAAAAUCCUGAAACCUACAGAUGAGAAUCUCCUCAAAUACUAUAGUUCAUGAAUUCCAGAAGAGACCAAACCAUAAAGAUUUCUCAUUGCAUUUUCCUAAUAUAUAAUUCUUGAGAUGUUGAUGUCAGUUUUCAGAACAAUCGUCUGUUUUUUCAUUUUCACCUAAAAUUAAAAUAAAACUGCAGGAAGCAGGGACUCCA